UUGGCCUUGCCCAACGGAUGCGCGUUUAGGUCCGUGUCGGGUACUUCGCAUCUUUCCAAUCUGUCUGUGUUUGAGCCGCCAUUUUGAGCCGCCAUUAUGUGGCUUUCUGUAAAAUUGGUGGUAUCGUGGUAAAUUACGUGGUAAAGUUACGGAUGCGUUUUUCUCCCAUUGUGACUGUGGUGCGUGAAUCGUGACACGAUCGGCAUGCACUAGCACGUUCCGGGUCGUGUUUUACGUCCCGUUUGGACCGCUUGGCGGACCUUGGAAGUAGGAAAUUUUCGCGUGUUUUUUCACUCCCUUGGCACGGGAGUUUUCUUCGCGCACACACACGCGCCCCGUCGCCGUCGUCGCCCGGGCCGUCGCCUUCUCGUCUCCCUGCCCGCCGUCGCAGCCGCCGCUGCCGCGCCCUGCCGCUCGCCGUCGGUCGUCGCUUGGUAAACGCGGUUCGACGUCGCCGUCCGUCGCUGCUAUUUUGCCCGGGAGUGCGAGUGUGUGCGUGAGCGAGAGGGCAAGCAGUGUGGAAGCAGUGUGAGCAGAGCACGUUGCGGGUAGACGCGAGUGAGUGGAAGCAAGAGAGAAGCCAGAGAACGUGAAGCGCGCGCCCGCCGUGAAAGAGUGCGAGUGAGCGAGAGAGCGUUGUGGUACGGUGGAGCGAAAGAGCAACGGCAGCUCAAAGUGUCAGUGGCGCUGGGCUGUGUGCCGCAAGUGCGAGUGAGAAAGCGUGCGCCGUGUGGUGCGAGUGUUUUGUGAGUUCGCGCGCUUGCCUAGUUUUUUUUUUCUUCUUUCGCUCGGGCCUGGUUGUUUGCUGGGCGGCAGCAUUAAAGCGCAAGGGGCAGCAAAUUCUGGCGUGCAUUUGUCCUGAGUGUGUGUGUGAGUGUGCGUCUGCUAGUGGCAUCCGGAAAUAUUGUUUGCCUAUUGUUCUAGCGCGUAGUGAACGGUGGUGCGUUGCAAAUCCACGCUUCCACCCAACAAAAUCGCGCGCGCUGGCGCACAAACACACACGCACACCCUGGCAGCCCUACAUCCCUGCUGCCUUCCCGCCCGCCCGCCUGCCAGCCUGCCUGCCUGCUGUACCCGUCUGUUUUCGGUAGGGAUUCUCUCCCUUUGGCUGGCAGCACGGUAGGGCCUACUUCUGGGUGAGGUGCGGUGCUGUGCCUGCGUGUGUUUGUCGAAGGAGCAGACGGAGCGCGCAAGCGAGAAAGAGCGAAGCAGCGCACAAACGUCGACGAAAGCAACGGCCAAGAACGGCGCAACGGGAAAGAGAGAGAAAGAGAGGGAAAGAAGAGACGGGAGCGCGCGCACAUUCACGGGGAGUAGAAGUCGCGAAAGCAACGAAAUAAAAAAAAAAGUAACCAGAAAGAAUCAAAGCAGGCCCCAGCAAAGCGAAUAGAGAGCGUGUGGAGCUUGUUCGUGAAAAGAAGAAGGAGAGGGAGGUGUGGUAGUAGUAGCUGUGCUAAAAGGAAAGACGCCGCUUUUUUUCAGCAGGCAUUCAAGCCGUGCGAAAAAGAACAAGCAAAGAGAGGCGCACGGAGCAUCCUCAUCAACCCUACCCCCGGGUGACUACCCUCGAACGAGAGAGAGCAAGAGAGAGAGGGCGACAGAGAAGAAAGAAGGAAGAUUCCUAGAAUACAGGAAGCUCGUAGAAAAAAGGCAGAGGAAGAGAUUGGUACGAAAUCGUGUGUAGCGGAAAGGGUUGAAUGGUAGAAGAAAAAGCUCCACGGCACGGCUCGGUCGAAUGGGUGGAAGCACGACAGGAGCGAGAUGAGCGAUCCGCCACCACCAACAACACUACCACCACCACCACAACAACAACAACAACCACCACCACCAACCCACCAAAUGAGCAACUAGGAAAGUGAAAAGCAAAAACACACGUAAAAUAACAACUCAUCUCGAGUCGAGCCAGGCAGAACCAGCAGCAGCGGCAGCAACAUUAAGUGUGGGGGUAGCGAAACUAGCAAAAGAACAAACGGAUCGAAUGGUGUAGCAACAGGGAGGCGAGCAAAAAGGCAACAACAACAAUCCUCUCCCCCCCACACUCUCACCCGCCCUUGCACAGUCGCACAACAAAACGGCGAAGGGAGGAGGGCAAACGAUCGUCUACGCUACCUAUCACCCUUACUACCACCGUCAUCAUUAUUGCCGCCACCAUAGAAACGCGCUGCCAAGAUGUCGAAGCUCUCGUUCCGGGCAAGGGCUCUCGAUCCGUCGAAACCGAUGCCGAUCUAUCUGGCGGAGGAGCUACCCGAUCUGCCGGAAUACUCCGCCAUCAACCGUGCGGUGCCACAGAUGCCGAGCGGCAUGGAGAAGGAGGAGGAAUCGGAGCACCAUCUGCAGCGAGCAAUAUGCACCGGACUCAUCAUUCCUACGCCCGAGGUGUACGACUCGACAGAUUCCGAGUUCUACGACAAAUACUACCCGCCCGACUACAAACUGCCCAAGCAGCUGAUCCACAUGCAGCCACUCAACCUCGAGCAGGACAUACCGGAUUACGAUAUGGACAGUGCGGACGAGGUGUGGGUAACGUCACACGAGAAGAAGCUCGAUCUCGAUCCGCUCAAGUUUGAAAUCAUGAUGGAUCGGUUGGAAAAGAGCUCCGGCCAGACGGUGGUCACACUAAACGAAGCCAAAGCCCUCCUAAAGCAGGACGACGAAGUGAGCAUAGCUGUGUACGAUUACUGGCUGAACAAGCGGUUAAAAAUGCAACAUCCUUUGAUACUGUACGUGAAGACGGAGAACCGGGGCAACAUGACACCGAACAACCCGUACCUUGCGUUCCGGCGGCGCACCGAAAAGAUGCAAACGCGAAAGAACCGCAAGAACGAUGAGUCGUCGUACGAGAAGAUGCUGAAGUUGAGGCGGGAUCUCUCGCGCGCGGUGACGCUGCUGGACAUGAUCAAGCGACGGGAGAAGCUAAAGCGGGAACAGUUGCACCUGAGCAUCGAAAUCUACGAGAAGCGCUACCAGGCGCAGGAUUUCCAUGGUCAUCUACUGUCCGAGUUUACUUCGAACGCGACGCGUGUUUCGAGACCUGCCUUCGCUCCGAUCUACUCCAACCAGUACGCACCGUUGGCUGGCGGCCAGGGCGUGAAUGCGGUGGGCACGGGCGCCGGCUCUUAUGCCUCCUCGUCGCAGUACGGUGGGGCGGGCGGCAGCAGCGGCACGAACAAGCGUGAUAAUGAGAGUCUCAGCAGUCGAAAGGAGAAGCGACAGUACAAAAAGCGGAAGCAAAAACUGCAGAAAGACCGUGGGCUGUCGUCGGGCGGUGCCGGGAGCGGCAGCGGUGGUGUGCCGGGAGGUCGUGGCGAUGCUGCCGGGGGUUCGAGCAGUGGGAGCGGGCUGGGCAACUCGGCCAGCCAUCACCAUCUGCAUCCACAGCAGCAGCUGCACUAUCACGGUUCGAUGGUGGGAGGCAUCGGUGGCCGCGGUGUUGAUGGCACUGUGUCGGGCGGACAUGGGACGGAUCAUCAUCACCAUCUGCACGGCACCGGCGAUCAUGCUGUUUCGUCCGAUGACGAGGAGCUGGCGAACCUGCAGGGAACGUCGCCAGAAGAAGAGUACGCUUAUGCAUUCCGAAGGAGCAAACAUAGCCAGUAUCAUAGGCCUCGUGCGGAUGGCUACGGUAACUGGCCGUGGACGUCUCGGGAAGAAAACGGUUCGGCGGAUCCAAGAUUUCGAUUUACGCUUACUUCUUUACGAUAUCCUAGACCCCGCUGUAUCGGUUUCGCCCGCAGACGCUUGGGGCGCGGUGGCCGUGUCAUAAUAGACCGAAUAGCGACCGAUUUCGACGACCUGUGGUCCCGGCUGGACUACACGAUUGUCGAGAGUGAAACGAUCGCAUCGCUAACCGCGAACGAGCCAGCCAAAUCCCGCGACGAGCAGCAGAAGGAGGACGCUAACAACGAACCGAUUGUGGUGCCGAUCGGAAGGCGACAAAUGGAGCGUACGGUCAGCGUGAGCAGCAACUGCAGCAACACGAGCAGCAGCGCGGGUGUAGUGGUGUCGUUGAAACCUCCCCGUCUACUGCCCGGCACCACCACCGCGGCCGCCGUCAACCACCACCAGCACCACCAGCCGCUGGUGAACGGAACCGAUGAGCCCGGUGCGGCCACGAACGGCACACCGGGCACGAUCGUGUCGCGCCGGAAGCUGAUCCUAAAGCAGGAGCAUCCCGCACUGCGCGAUUACGAAUCCGAUGGCGGCGAGAUCCAGUUCCUGGCCAGCAUCGGUCUGAUGAACAAGGCCGAGUCGCAGGAGUCGGCCGAGGGCGCCGCGUUCGCGAGCACAAAGCGACGCCUUCGGUUCGACAGUGAGGAGAAGGACGAGCUGGGUGAAAGUGUAGUGGCAAGGGAGCAGCAGCAGCAGCAGAGUGGCGUGUGCGAUGAACGAACAUUGAGUGGCGUUCCAUACUCAGAUUCAAUUGUGAUAAAAAGUGAAAACGACACGGAACCGCUGGUGUCGACGGUGGGUGGCUGGGGCGGUUCGGUUGUAGUGAAGCAGGAGGAGCCGGAGGUGAUGGAGGAUCACCAAAAGACGGGUGCUGCCUCCGGGGGAGGAGUGCCGAUGGCAGAGGACUUUGAGCAGUUGAUAGACAGUGUAAAUAGUCGCAAUAACGCCCGGAAUCGUUUUAACGUUACAACCGUAGCCGUAAGCAGCAAUAGUAUUAGUUCCACGUCGAACGUCGAAAGGGUCACCACCACGACCACCAGUCCGACCACCGCCACCGUCGGUGGACAGUCGCAGGAGCAACAGCAGCAGACGGUCGGUUCGUCCGCGAGCAGGCAGCAGGGACCGGGUGGAUCUCCUUCGCGCUUGCACGACGCCACGCGCGAAGAUAUCGACGCGGUGUACAAGGAUUUGCUGAACGACAUUCAAUCGAACUGGUUACACUUUCGCCCGAAAACGCCGGAACCCAGCCAGGACGAUCUGCUUACGCUGGACGGUGAGGACGACCUGAUGGAGCAGUGUCUCGGUUUGACCGAUCGCAACCGCAUCACGCUCGAACUGCAGGCUCUCGACGAACAGCUACCUGCGACGAUAUUCUCCACCACCGCCAGCAGCAGCAGCAGCACCACCAAGGGAUCGUUGGGAUCCUCGCUGUUCCGUACGACACCGUACGCGCUGGACAAUCUUAUCGAACCGCAUCCGUUGUCGCUCGACGGUGAAGGCGACGGUUCGGGAGCGAAAGCAGCAACGACUGCCGGCGCAUCCACGUCCUCCAUCGAGGUUAAGCUGGAGACGUCGGGUUCGUCUAGUGGGGAGAACAAUCUCAGCGUGCCGUCCGAGCUGAACCUGAGCUUGAACGAAUCGAGCGAGGACAACGAGAAGAUGCUGGACAACAUUUUGCAGGAGUGUGCGAUCGAUGAUCCGAAGCAGCUGCACCAGACGAGCAACUUCUGGAACGGCAUCCUGGACGACGGUAUGCUGAACAGCCUCGACACGGGCCCGAAGGAGGAGGACGAACCGAUGCCGGAGGAUCCGGACACGAGCGAAUCGAACCUGCUCGCCUUCAGCACGGCAAAGAUUGGCUAUCACUCGGAUCUGGUAGGGUACGGGCGUCCUGCCGGUGCGGCGGAUCGGCGCACGAGCAAGAGCAAACGGCGCAAGCUGCUGAAGCGCUGCAGCUAUCUGGUGGGCAGCAGCUACUUUGCGGUGAAGAGUUUGCCCAAGGAGGAAAUCUUCCAACCGCUGCUGGAUGCGGACGGUCAGCCGAUUGUGCUGGGCGAUGGCGAGCUGCUGGAUGCGCUUGGCCCUGGGGGCGACCAGUGCGACCUGCAGGACGUCGACGAGGCGAUGGACGCGGACACGGCGGUCGGCGUCGAAGCGAUGGAAAUUAAAAUGGAAGAGGAAGCCUCGCUGGCCGCGGCAGCAAACGAGCUGGCGGAGACGUCCACUCCGAUGGCACUGGGGCCGGGCGAGCAGCACGUGGUCAAGAUUGAGCCGCCGGACGAGCUGGUGGCGUCGAGCGAACGCAGCGAGGCGACAGUGUUGGGCAGCACGCCGACCGCGGUUCAGUUUCUACCUCACAACACUACGCUGGUUGCUCCGGACGGGACCACCAUCAAGAUGGAACCGUUCAAUCACAUCAGCUCCAUGGCGGCCCGCAGCUCGACACCGGACGGGGCACCAGCGGGACGCGCAGUGCCGACCGGCUCGACGACACUCAUCCCGGCCACCAUCGUGGUCUCGCAGCCAUCGUCGACCGGCGGCAAUUCGUCGAUGUUUUCCACCACCGGUGGCAGUGUGCCGGCCGUGGUGUCCGUCGCCCUUCAGCAGGGUGGUUUGCAUCAGCUCGUGCACACCUCGUCCGCCCCGUCGAUGGCCCCAGGCACGACAAUGCUCGUGAUGCAGUCCAUUCCAUCGAACAAUAGCGCGGGCUCGGUACAAUCGACCCCAUCGGCGUCGGUCGCUGGUACGCCGACCUCCUUCCUGCUGAGCACUAGCGGAAACACAAACGCCAUGGGCGCGGCGUCCUCGAUCGCUGGUUCGAUCCUAGUGCAAACUUCCGCCUCCUCAUCGCUGGCCAACGCCGUCCAAUCGUCCUCCGCCUCGUCCUCAUCCGCCGCCUCGCUACUGUCCAACUCCACGCCGAUCGUCGUCACGGUGCCACCGGCCAGCAGUAGCGGCAUGUCGUCGGUAACGGCCGGCGGCGGCACGCAACCGAUGAGUGUUGUAAUGCCGACGAGCGGUACCAACACGGUCGUAUCGAUCGCUGCACCGAUCGUCGUGUCGUCUGCCUCCGUCUCUUCGCUGGGCCAAUCGAUCGCCAACGCCCAGUCAGCGUCGAUCAUCGGGAACAGUGCCGUGGUCAGCAGUAACAGCGUCACGUCCGGUGUGAACACUGCCACCGCGCUGAACAGCUACAUCGUGCAGCACAACUCGACGCCGAUCAUGAUUUCGCACCAGCAAAUGCAGCAGCUGGCAAACAGCGGCGGGGCGAACAUAAUGACCGUCGGGGGGCAGCAGGUUGUCACGACCAAGCAGCACCACGGGGAAACGUUUGUGCUGACCCACGCGACCGGCAAGAAGCAGAUCAAUGGACCGUCCGAUGGAAGCAAGAAUGCAACCACAUCUGCCGUCACGAUGCAAAACAUCAACCAUACAAAGUUCCACGCGCUGCUGGGUCAAAAGCUGGGCGCCAAAGCGAACGACAGUGCGCACCAGAAGCAGCUGGAUUUUUUACGCAAAGCCGCGCUGGUUACAACCGCCACGGGUAACAACGCCGCGCCAAAGAUGAUCGUGAAGACGGCCAACCAUGGCCAGCAGCUGCUCGCUGUCACGGCCGUCAGCAGUGCCGGCGGCAUGACGGUGCACCAUCCGCAAUCGGCGUCCCAGCAGCAGCAGCAGCAGCAGCAGCAGCAACAGCAGCAGUACAACGUGAUCCACCAAAACUCGCUCAACUCGCCCAUCACGAUCGUGUCCGCGCAAAGCUCGGGCCAGGGCCAGGCGAACAAGAUCAUACUGAACUCGUCGCACUUGCUGCAGCAGACCGGUGGCGUGCCGUUGAACCACGGCAAGCUGCAGCUUACCACCGUACACCAGGGCCAGCAGCAGGGCGGAGGAGCAGGUGGUCAGGUCGGUACGGUCAACAGCGACGGGCAGCUGGUGACGCUCGAUCCAUCGGGCCAGGGGCAGGGCAUCGGUGGCGUUAAGCAGGCGGACAAGAACCGCGUAUCGCUCUACAACAUCAAGGGCCGCACGCCGAUGAUUGUUACGAACCAGAAGCUGCUCAACCUGCUGCCACCGGCGCAGCAGCAGAAGCUCGCGAACAUUGCGAUGCAGCAGACGCACCAGCAGCUGCUGCUGAACCAGGCCGGGCACGGGGGCAGCACGACGAUUCUGAGCAAAGGGCAGAUGAUUCAGCGUGUCCCGGUAAGCAUCCGGACGCUGACCCAGUCCCACCAGCAGCAAACGAACCUCGCCGACAUGGUCGUGGUGAACAACCCGAACAGUAUCAAGUUCAUCCAGGCGGCGGCAUCGGCAGCAGCGGCAGCGGUCGCAGCCGGAGGCGGAGGCAAUGUGGUGAACAACAGCAGCAGCAGUAGCACGGCCGGAACGCUGGCCACGAGUCGGGUGAACUCCAUCACAACGUCGGUCGCGUCCAGCACGACCAUGAAUGCUUCCUCCGACGGUGGCACGGGUGGCGGCGCGGGCAGCAGUAGCGGUGGCGGCGCAGGCAGCAGUAGUAGCAGCAGCACAAGCAACUGUGUACAAGUGGCCACACUGUCCACCUCGACGGCAAACGUCAACAGUAGCGGCGGCGGUGGAACGUUGGCGAACAGCAGCAGCAGCAGCAGCAGUAACUCUGUCGCUUCAGCGGCAACGUCUACGGUCGUCACGGCAGCGUCGGGCGCUGCUGGCGGCGGCAGCACAACGGUGGUGGUUGGUAAUGCCAACAGCAAUGGUGGUGCCGGCGGCAACGCUAGCGGUGGUAACACUAACUCUACAGCCAGUAUAAACAUUACCAAUAGGUGAGAGUCGAAGAUCCAGCUCAGUAGGUAACUGUUACUGUAUUUUAACUUAUUACUAAUUAGUGUUAACGUUUAGGCAGGGUAGGAAAAUAGUAAGCAGGAAGCGGUGUGCGGAUGUUUGUGAGAGAAGGCAGACGCGUAGUUGUACGCAGACCGAACGAGUCUUGCGUAGUGGCAAGAGAAAGCUGAAAGACACUUAAGAAGGAAGAGGGAGAGGUGUGGUGUCGUGUGGUGUGGCCAUGAUAAAACACACAAUGUGAACAUGUGUGUGUGUGUGUGUGUGUGUGUGUGUGGGAGUGUGGAAAUCGGUCAGCCUGUGUGCUUAGGGAGGAAUGUGCUGAUAGGAUUGACCGUUUUACAGUUUUUUAUCAAAAGAUGGCCAAAAGUCGUUUUGAAGCUCGUAUACCAAAACAUGUUUUAGAAUUUCUCAACAGUAAGGGGCAUGUAUUUGCAGAGGUUUGUCUUUGCCCAUACCCGUCAUAUUAACUACAGGAGAUUUAAUUAUUCUGUGAUUCCUGAUCUCUUGAUGAUCGUUGUAGGGAUGCUACUUUUAAACUGAACAUUUCAAGAGCAGAUAGUUUGAUCAAUUCUUAGUUGCCGAUCUCGAGCGCGCGCGCGCUCUCUCUCUAUCUCUUUCUAAGUCAACACUUUCGAAAUUGUAAACGCUAGUGAAUUUUUAACAAAACUGUUUUUCUUUCCCAAACAAUCCCAAAGCACACCGAAACUUUGCUGCAGGUUGACCGAUGCAACCACGUUCGAAAUGCAUGCGAUUGAUGCAUAUUCGUGAUUUGUUGACAGACACAGUUCCAAUGUGCACAGAACUGUGUGUUUGUGUGUGUAAUAACAGCAAAACUGGCACGAAUUUGGUAUGGUAGUGAAGGAAUGUUCCUACUGUUUCUCUUGCACCCAUUUUCCUCCCUUCCGUUGUGUAUUCUUUUAAUUUUCUAAAAGGAUAUUGCUUUUGAAGAGCAAACGCUGCCCUCCCGCCCUUCAUCCCUCCGUGUAGUAAUGGAGAGCAACGACCGGCACGCGAUUUACCAUCACUUUUGGCAAUCCUACCCGUAAGGCAGCAUGUUUCUUUGACACGAAGAGGAGUUACGGAAGGAGUUUGUGUGUGUGUGUGUGCGCGUGGUUCAGAUGCAUCAGAUUCACUGAUGGAAGCGGAAAGCAAUGUAAAGAAAAACGCAUGGCAAACAACACACUAUAGAAACAAUCGAACCCCUGUCCUCCCUCUCUCUCUCCCACACACAUUCUGUCCGCUCAUCGUCAUGAUGGAGGAUAGUGGUAUGAUGAAACGGAAUAAAACGUUCGGCGAACUGAAACGAAGCGAGCCGGUGUGUUGUAAUAAUAGGGUCCUGUAAGUAAUACAUAAGUAUCUGUACAUAUUAAUAGCUUUAAAACAACUGCAUAACUCUAGCUCGGUUAGACCGUUGUAGCAGCAGCAACAGCAGCACCGGCAGCGGCAAAGGAACGAUCUAAAACAAGCCAGGGGAAUGAUGGAGGGGAGGAGGGAGGAGGGGGGGAGGGGGAAGAGCUCUAGUAGCAAUCCGUGUGUUUGUGUGUCAUUCAUUGGUGAAUGCAAUAAACGCGGCAGUAAAACGAAGAAAACAAACCAACACCUCAUACACUCAUCAACAAAACAAGGAAAAUAAAAGCAGAAGCAAUUCCAAUGAGGGAGAGCCAAGUGCAAGUGAAAAGCAGAAAAAGAGGAUUGGUUAUAAUAGAAUAUACACUAAACGGAAGCAAUGAGAAGCAAAUGCAAAAAUAACGAAAAAUACAACAGCAGCAGCAAAAAAACCCAAUGCAACCCAAAGGAAUAUUGGAAAGAGCAUAUAUAUGUAGCAUUGGAGUAAGCUUUCGCGCGACGUAAGCAGGAGUCCUUCUAAUUAUCUUUUCUUUUGAGAAUUUUAGUAACGUUCGGAGUUUCUUUUUUAGUUGGAUGUUUGGUGCAAGCCGAGUGUGUUUGAGGAGAAAAAAACGGAUCUUUGCGCAUCAUACUGAUGACAUUUGGUGGGUGGUUGGGUUGUAUGUGCGGAGGCCGAACGGCUGCGAACCAAGUCCCUUGUGCUGCUAACCGUCAAUUUCCCAUUUUCUCCCAAAACAAAAUUGCCUGCAAAAUCAGCUUCUGUUUCUCAAUCCCACUUCGCUCCUGUAGUUUGGUCUGUGUGUGCGUGUAUAUUUGUGUGUAUUUGUGUGUUUUAGUUCGUGUUGUUGUCGAUCCCCCGUGGUAUGUGUACUUCCUGUGGCACUGUUCUGUGUUCUUGUUUGUUUGUUUGUUUCUCUGCCUCUGUUUUGCUCCUUGUUCCUUGUUUUAUUUUUCUUCUAGUUACUGUGUCUGUGAUUGUAAUGUCGUCUUUCUUUUGUUUCCGGUACUUGAAAGUUGUGUAAAAAAGCAAAAGAAGAAAAAAAAACAACUAGUUAGAAGUAGGGACUUACUUUUACGAAAAAAACAAACAAAAAAACAGAAAAUAUCGUGCGCUACUACUCUGGUAAUGGUAAAAAUCUCGUUAUAGUAAAGUAAAUUAAUAAUGGUAGUAAAUUUAUGGAACUAGUAACGAAUAUAGAAUUACAUGACUGCAUUAAACAGGAAUAGUUAAACAAAAACAAUGAGGGGAAAGCAGAACUACUCCCUCUCUCACCACACUUAAAAACAAACGCUUACGGAAAACGGUUACGGAUUUACCAAUUUCAACCUACAUCCACAUCGGGGGGUGGGUAACACAAUAUCGUGCAAACCGCGUGUCACGGCAGCUACAAAAACAUUGACCCGGUAACCUGUUGGUAAGACACACAUAAAAAAAAACGGUUCUUAACAACAGAGGCGGGAAACGGGAGGCACGUUCUCAUUCUUCAUUCAUUAUUUCACACGCCAAUAGCGAAAUGAUGACGGUGCGUGGUGUGUGGUGUGGUGGGUGGUGGUCAUGACUAAAUAUUGCAAAACGUAAAGACACAUCCAUCCGGUUCUACUUCUACAUUCACAAAGAAAUACCCCCCGGGGUACGAUUUACUACCAAAAAGCGAUGUACUACUAUUAUCGCGUAAUAAUACUAUUACUACUACCUAGAUACUACUACCACACAACCUACUACUGCUACUACUACUACUACUACUAUUACACCUUUGGACAGUUCCAGUCGCGUAAGGACACUUAGGGGAUGUUUUAUAUCAAUAACAAUCCUUUGACAAGAGACGCGAGACGCCAGACCGGAGAGGCUGCUGGGAAUAACCGGGCAAGAAGCUUUAUCGUCAUCUGGCACGGGUGAGAGGGUUCUCUAGCUCUGUGGUAGAUGCACACGUGUGUUGCAAAAACGAAGAAAAGAAAGGAACAAAUAAGAAAACAAUUGUUUUAAAUUGUUUUGCUGUAAAACGUGUGUUGUGUACGUCGUCUGUUCGGUCUUAUUGUGUAAGGGAAAAAUCAAUCAAUACGGUUUAAAAAAGUGAAUAGUUAAAAUGCUCUGCGAACUUUGACCCAGGUGGUGGCGUUGUACGAGGCGGAGAGCCCUUCUUUAUGCCAAACAUUUGCACCCCUUUCGCGGAAAUCAUUGCUGCUCCCUCCCUCCCACCCCCGUUGGACGGUUGUCUAUCGCCUAUUGCUUUUUGUCCACUGCAUCAGUGUGAGCGUUGUGUGUUGCUGUGUGUGAGACAGAGAGAGGCACCAAAGCGGCUUGUUUUAGACACUUGUGAACUCCACCGACUAAUAUUGUGGUCGCGUCGAGGGUAACAACGUGUUGAUUGCCCUUCUUCUCACUUAUGAUGCAAACUGUUCCCUAUUUUGUUCAUCUGUCAUGCUGCUGCGCUACUACUUUCAUUGCCGCUACAAAUAGUAGUUACCAGCAAAGCGGAAGAAAGAUAGAGCAAGCGAACGUAUAGUAUUCCGGAUUCCGGACGUGUUUGUCCAUUUUACAUGAACUCGAAGCAGCGCAGCACAUGGACCUGUGUUUUGUGGCACUACAGAAAGUGUUGUGGUGAGCCGAUAGAUAAGAAUGUAGCAAAAAUAGAGUUAAAAGAAAGAGAUACAAGCUGGUAGCAAAUCGUAAGCAGCAAUGGUAAAUGAACAUUGGUAAAGUGUGUGUGU